AUGACGCCUUCCCAAGACAAAGUUUCACAAGUACGAUCAACUUCAUGUCUGGGCCUGCCAUUGUUUUCCGGUGCCGAACGUGUUGAACAGCAGCGCAAGGGUAGUCAACAGCUACGCAAGUAUGCUGCCUCGCUUCAAGCCCAGCUGUUCAAACUUCACCACGCAUUUGAUCUGUUCGGGCGACGGACGAACAAUCAGUUCGACUUUGAUUUCGCUGAGAUCAAAGACAAAUUCCUCUCUACGUACCGAAGAGAUUUAUGGGCGAUAAGACGGUGGAUAAUCAACGACUCAUCUAAUUCAGGAUAUAUUAAGGCCCUUGGAGGCCAUUUCAAGGUGGAUCCCUUUCUAUACCAGGAAGAUUCCCGCUAUGUCGAUAGAAAUGGAAAGGUACACCAACCACGCACUAAGGGGAUACCUUUCGGCUUCUCUAUGGGGCUGAUCCUAGCCUUGCUGCGAGAUUCAGGGCUGACCUUAACUACCUUAAGACUACACUCCGACAGUUCUGGUACUAGAAAGACAUGCCACAGUCAUGGCCUCUGGCAAUCGUGA